UUAUGAUAAAUAUUCCAUAGAAUAAAAUCUAACAGGCUAAGUUCUGUAUUUCCCAUUUUCUACAAUCAACUUUUUUGUUACCGAAACAAAGAUUUUAGAGAGUGAGAAAUAGAGAUAUUGGUAGGUUUUAUAAGUUUAAAGCUAUAAUGAACCAAGGUUUAAUGGAGGAUCAUAAUCAAGUUGUAGGAAUGUCAAGCUCUCAAACAAUGGGGUUUUGUCUAAACUCUACAAAUUUAGCAAAUUUUUCUUCUGUUGUUAAUCUGAAUCUUAGCCAUCAUUUUCAUCAUGAAAAUCAACAAUCUCAUGAUCUUAAAGCCUCGAAUGGUUUGCCUUCUUCCUUUGCUUUAGAUCAUGUAAGCUCUACUCUUACUCAAGCCUUGCUUUCUUCUACAAAUCCUAAGCCUAGAGAACAAGAGUACUUAUCUUCAUCUUUUACUUACUUACCCCCACUUUUGUCCAUCCAAAAACCAUCUCAAAAUUAUAAUCUAUGGGCUUGGGGUGAAGGAAAGGAAUUCCAAUUAGGAGGAAACAAGAGAAGCUGUGGUGGAGAAGAUUCUCUUCUUGGGGUUUCUACCUAUAAGUUGAAGAAGAUAAAAGCAAGAAGAAAGGUUAGAGACCCAAGGUUUUGCUUCAAAACCAUGAGUGAUGUGGAUGUCUUAGAUGAUGGUUAUAAAUGGAGGAAGUAUGGCCAAAAAGUGGUGAAGAACACCCUUCAUCCUAGGAGUUAUUACAGGUGCACACAAGACAAUUGCAGGGUGAAAAAAAGAGUGGAGAGAUUAGCAGAAGAUCCAAGAAUGGUAAUCACAACUUAUGAAGGAAGACAUAUUCAUUCUCCCUCAAAGGAUGAUGAAUCACAAGAUGCACAACCCCAACUCAAUAAUUUCUUUUGGUGAUCAUAUCUUAUAUUUGAAAUAAAUCAACUUUUAAUUUGUGCAUGGCUUUAGUUAUUAGUUAUGAAUUAGCUUUAUUAAUAUGGCAUGAUUAAUGCCAAAUGUUCCAAUUUAUCAUGUCAUAUGUAAUAAGUUUCAAAAAUAAUAUACUCUAGUUUGUUUGUAAAUUAGGAUGAUAAAAUUGGCCCA